GGUGGAGGAGGAGAGGACUUUUGUUUAUUUCGUGCAGGCUAACCGUUAGCCGCAUUUAAGAAAUCAUCUUUGUCCGAAGCAAUCUCUCUUAGCGAGCCAAUUGGGGUAGUAAGAAGUAGUGGCAACUUAAUACUACCUUACUAGCGCGUUAUUAGACAUGAUAUAGAUACAUCUGGAAAUCGACCGUCCCGCGCGUCCUUAAAAUAUUAUAUAGCAAGUUUUGUUUAUCUUCUUGCUAGCCUGCCUGCCUGCUAACUAGCUUACGUUAUAGCUCUAUAUAGCGAAGGCUGCCAACGUCGUUGUCCUCUGGGUUUCAUAUAACGGGUUGGAGCAAGGACUGUUGCUGAACCCGAACACACCAUAUUCGGCCUUCCUCCCCCGCCCCCCAAAACACUCUUUACCUCUGGCCCAAUUCUAAAAAGGGAAAAGCCCCUUUUCCCAUCCUGAACCCCUGCUGGGCAGGAAGCGUCGCGGAGGACACGAGCCAGGAUGUCCAUCACGAACACGCCCACCAGCAGCGACGCCUGCCUGAGCAUCGUGCACAGCCUGAUGUGCCACCGGCAGGGCGGCGAGAGCGAGAGCUUCGCCAAGAGGGCGAUCGAGAGCCUGGUGAAGAAGCUGAAGGAGAAGAAGGACGAGCUGGACUCUCUCAUCACCGCCAUCACCACCAACGGAGCGCACCCCAGCAAGUGCGUCACCAUCCAGCGCACCCUGGACGGGCGCCUGCAGGUGGCGGGGCGUAAAGGCUUCCCCCACGUGGUCUACGCCAGGCUGUGGCGCUGGCCCGACCUCCACAAGAACGAGCUGAAGCACGUCAAGUACUGCCAGUACGCCUUCGACCUGAAGGCCGACAACGUGUGCGUCAACCCCUACCACUACGAGAGGGUCGUCUCCCCGGGGAUCGAUCUGUCAGGGCUGACGCUGUCUAGUGCAGGCCCCCUCAUGGUCAAGGACGAGUAUGACUUUGACAACCAGCAGUCCCACUCCAGCUCUGAGAGCCACCUCCAGACCAUACAGCACCCCCCUUCACGGCCCGGACCCCCCGAGGGCUUCAGCACCCCCACUCUGUUGCCCCUGUCUGAGGGCAGCACCUCGGCCGCCGCCUCUGUGUUCUCCAGUAUCACCGCCGGCCCCUCAAAUUCCACCCCUAACUGGAGCCGGAACAACAGCUUCCCGCCCCCCGUGCCCCAGCAUCAGAACGGCCAUCUCCAGCACCACCCACCCAUGCCCCACACAGGGCACUACUGGCCGGUCGCUAAUGAAAUAGCAUUCCAGCCUCCCAUAUCAAACCAUCCAGCUCCUGAGUACUGGUGCUCCAUCGCCUACUUUGAGAUGGACGUGCAGGUGGGGGAGACGUUCAAGGUGCCCUCCACCUGCCCCACGGUGACGGUGGACGGCUACGUGGACCCGUCCGGGGGCGACCGCUUCUGCCUGGGGCAGCUGAGCAACGUCCACCGCACGGACAACAUCGAGAGGGCCAGGCUCCACAUCGGCAAGGGCGUCCAGCUGGAGUGCAAGGGGGAGGGGGACGUGUGGGUGCGUUGCCUUAGCGACCACGCCGUGUUCGUGCAGAGCUACUACCUGGACCGCGAGGCCGGCCGCGCCCCCGGAGACGCCGUGCACAAGAUCUACCCCAGCGCCUACAUCAAGGUGUUUGACCUGCGUCAGUGCAACCGGCAGAUGCAGCAGCAGGCCGCCACGGCGCAGGCGGCGGCGGCGGCCCAGGCUGCAGCCGUGGCCGGGAACAUCCCAGGACCGGGCUCCGUGGGGGGCAUCGCUCCGGCCAUCAGUCUGUCGGCCGCGGCGGGCAUCGGCGUGGACGACCUGCGGCGCCUGUGCAUCCUGCGCAUGAGCUUCGUCAAGGGCUGGGGGCCCGACUACCCCCGGCAGAGCAUCAAGGAGACCCCGUGCUGGAUCGAGAUCCACCUGCACCGGGCCCUGCAGCUGUUGGACGAGGUGCUGCACACCAUGCCCAUCGCUGACCCCCAGCCGCUUGACUGAACACCCCCCCCCCACACACACACACAGCCCUGACCCCCAACCCCGCUCUGGAACCCCUAACUAUGGGAGACCGAACCGCAUCGAUUCGCCAGACUUUUACUUUGAAGGUCCGUCUGUGUUCGUCACAGGUCGGCGGACCAGGGCUCUUAUUGUUUCGAAUAGGAUUGAGAGUGUUUGGGAUGUGAACGUUAAACCCCUCGAGUCUCUGAGGCUCCCCGCUGCAGAAACCUCCUCAAAACGUCCACCUUUCUGUUUUUUGUAAGGAAUGUUUAAAAAUUGUGUCGUGUCAUGUACUUUGCUGUUUUUCUAUUUUGUUGUUAAACUUUGUUGUAACUUUUUGCUACCAUGAAAGCGUUUGGUAAGAUGCUGGCCUUGGGUGGGUGGAAGAGCGACGGGGUCCUGGGAGAGAUUGCAUGCGAUGGUUUGUUGGACGGUUUAGGUGUGGAUGUGUGUAAAGACACAUGAACUGAUUACUUUGACAAUAGUUUUAUAUAUAAAGCAUGCGUCCUGCAAUAGAUAUAAAGUACUAAGUUGAGCGUGAGAGAUGAUCUUAUUAUAGCAGGUAAAUGUGUUUAUAAAGUGGCCAAAUUUCGGUCUUCGUCAAGGUUAAUGAAAAUGGUAAGAGAUUUAUUCAAGAAAUGUGUCUCAGAUGGAAGUCGUCGUUUGGCUUUUAAUAUUUGGUUAUCAGAUUAAUAGUUAGCCUCUUUUUUUAUUACUGAAUUAAGACAUUUUUAUGAACAUACCUCAGCUCGUCUUCCAAGAAGUUCAUUAUCAUUUGUCAAUGCAUUUAUGAAACUUUUAGUUUCAAACCUAAAAUCAACAGUAACUGACAUUUUGUCCUUAUGGAAAAAUAGCCAACCAUUCUACCUAUGUUAUAUCAACCCACACUAGUCAUUUAUGUAUUAGCUACCCAUAUCAUGAACACACAUUAUCACUUCAACUAAUGUUUACCAUUUGUCUCAGUAAAAUGUAUAAUCUCAGUCAAAUGUGGUUGUUUUAUAUUGGCAUAUCCUCCCAUGUAUAGAUAAAUGUUUUUGAUAAAUCAAUUAAAAAAAAAAGCACUAACCUCCCUGUAAGUCAGUUUGACGUGCUACACAUUCAAUCAAUUGAAGCACUAUUUCGAUGGCAAACCAAAUAUUCCUCAGUGUUGGGACACAAGGUUAACUGUGAGAGGAAGUUCAAGCCAUAAUGAUGCCAAAUGCACCCCACAUCGAAAGUGUCUCUGUCACACAGACACACACGAGGAAGAAUAAGGGAGCUAUGCAUGUAGACCCUUUUCAGGUUUUAUUUUGCAAUAGCUGGAGUACUUUGAGGGGUGUGUCUGUGGUUCAGCGAAGGUAAAUCUAUCUUCAUGUUGUCCUUGUGAUGUCAGUUCUCAGCACCAUUACGCAAAAGCAUUUAAAUAGAAAAAAGCGUCAGUUUGUCAUUUUUCAUUAAUUUUGCCGUAUUUUAUACGCUUUCUUACCUUAAAUAAUGUGCAUUUUGUGCUAGUGCUGAUUAUCGAAAUCCAUGGUGUUUUCGGUAGGUCAUUGCAUUCUGCUUAAAUACGUGGUCUAAAAGAUGUCUAACAUUUUUGAAUAUGAUGGAAUAAAAGUCAAUAGACACCAUGGUUGAAGGCCUGACGGUUUUGGAUUGUGGAUUAACCCCUUGGAAUAUGAUUAAACUCAAAAAUCACAGGCUUUCAACAAGAAAAAAGUUUAUUACUGAUAAAGACAAGCCACAAUUUUUAAGAAAACAACACUAAUAAGCUAGCCUGAGCCGAGAUCUGAAAUAUUCAGAAAACCAAACUACAUGUGUCUUAAUAGUACCUAUAUUCAUCAAUACGACACACUAAAUAAUAAUAUGUCUUUAUAAAUAUAAAAGUCCCCCAGUUGUAACUUUUUUUAAUGCAAAAUACACAAUACAAAUCACCCUUUUAAAACGCAUUGGUUUGCUCUUGCCAAAUUUGAAAAGAUACAGUCUACAAGAAAGGAAUUUAAACCGCACACAAAUAGAGCCACAAGGAGUCCGUGUGUAUAUAUUAGAUAUUAUACAAUUAUCCAAAAAGAGAAACAUGAGAGAAAUCACAAAAGCACGGUCGCCAACGAUUUGAUCAAAUCAAAAUAACGAAUUGACAAAUCAAAUAGUUAAAACAUAAAUAAAUACAAAUUUCCAAUUAGUUAUUUACAUUUUUUUUCCUUUUCAAAACGAGGGUAAAUUUAACAACAACAAAACGUUCCCAAAUGCCACUGCCAAAUACUUGUGCUUGCAUUAGAGCGUGCUACAGAUGGCCACAACUCAAUACACCAAUGGCACUUGAAAACAGCCAACCGAGAACAUCUGAACGUAACACAGCAUUCGGAGGAGCAAAUAUUUAAAAAUAAAACCGGAAAGAAAGUAAAAAAAAAAAAAUCACAAUCAUGAAGAAAUGUAUCUCAUUUUGGAUAGCGUCACUGCUACCCUUCUUUUCACAAGAGUAGUAUAUGUAAUACAGUAAAAUGCUCAAUCCAUCUGCAGGGUUAUCCACCAAGUGUAAACUAGUGUG